UUAAAUCCACAACGUCCCUUCUCUCGAGAUGACUUUCUUCUCUCUGUCUAUCUCUCUUUCGAAUAAAGAAAAGAAAAAGAGAUAAGGGGAAAGCAACUUUUAAUCUGAUUUUUGUGAAAGAGGAGAGGAUCAUCAUUUCAUAUAUCACUCCGAGUGAGAGGAGAGAGUCCCCAUAUGAGCAGAAGAAGCAGUCAGAAUAAUUCUACUGAGUUAUGAUCCUUGCCCUUACCGGAUCUGACGGCUCUUUUUCACUAUGCUGAGAAACAAACCUAGAGCAGCCGUGACGAAGAAACAACAAGCAUCGUCGUCUCUAAUGGCUGAUCAACCCCCACCUUCUUCUUCUUCAAAACUCAACAACACUUGCCACUCUUCAUCUUCCCUCUUUAGCUCCCCAAAGUUUAGGUUUUUUGCUUCAAAGAUGACUCCUUUUGACUCUGAUUUCUCUCUCGUCAGCCCUACCUCGAUCCUCGAAGCUAGCCCAUCAUUCUUCUCCUCCAAAAACACUAAACCCACUCCCUAUUUCGAGCCCACGAUCCCUAAUCCCCAAAGGUUUCACCCACCUGACACCUUUGGCCUCGCCGAUCUCGUCAAAUACGGAGACAGUAGCAGAGACCACUCGAGUAAACCUGUCAACAAGAUGGUCCUUUUCGGCUCUAAACUCAGAGUCCAGAUCCCAUCAGCUGAUUUUGGAACUAAAACCGGGAUGAGAUACCCUGCUCAUGGUCAUGGACAGGGACAGGGACAACUCAGUCCUUGUGUCCAGGCGAAGAAGGUCUUAGCCGUGAGCGAGGUUGACCAGACGGAGGACUACACGCGCGUCAUAUCUCACGGUCCAAACCCAACCAUCACUCAUAUCUUCGACAACUCUGUUUUCGUGGAGGCUACUCCUUGCUCUGUUUCUUUACCACCACUAGUACCCAUGGCGAUGGAUACCGCCAAGAACACGGAGACUUUUCUAAGCUAUUGCUUCACCUGCAAGAAGAAUCUUGACCAGAAACAAGACAUCUAUAUAUACAGGUCCGUCCACAAUCUAUCUCUAUCACUNUUAGAUUUGUAUUUUGAAUUAAUUGUCUAG